AUGGAGCAAGACAGCAGAGCACUUCUGCCCACCCAGGGCGCUGCCGGGGCUACAGCCACUGUCCCAAGCGCCGGGCUCCAGGGUCCCCAGGGAGACUCCCACCAGGCCUGCUCUCAGGAGCUUCACAGUCCUUCCAGUGCCGAGGCACCUUACUGCGACCUGCCCUGCUGCCCGCCGGCCCCUCAGGACCCACUUGGAACCACCACCUGUGCUGGCCACUCUGUGGAAGGCCUUGACCUCAGGCAGGGCCCUCAGAGGGGCUGGUCCCCAACAGAAACUCUCCCUGCGGAGGGCCCUGCAACGGCCCCAAGGAACAGGCACCAGGACCCUGAGGCAUUACCCUAUCUGGAGGGCCUGGCCUAUAGUAGCUGUGACAACGAGGGUGCCAACUCUGACACCAGCUCCAGCCAGUACAGCAGUACCCCUCAUGAGACCAGUAAUUCUUCCUCUGUGGAUUGGGAUACUGUUGAGAGGCCAGGGGUGGUCUCCAACGCGUACAGACUCAACGUGAUGAUUCCGAGGAGGCCUCAGGAGGGGUUGAGAGCUGACAGUGCUCGGAGGGUCACCAAGUCCCCUGCCAGAGGGGACACAGUGGGCCAGAGAAAGGAAGAUUCCGGCAGUGGGGGACAGGGUGCUGGCCAGCACUGGGCAAAGCUGCGGGCAGAAAGCGGCUACUUCUCCUUGGAGCGACGUCGUGCAGGGCAAACCCAGGCCUCUUCUGGGACACCACUGAGUGGGCCUCGGACCACCACCCAGGCUGCUUCUGCUCAAAGGGAUGUCUUCCAGGAUGUUUCUGCACCAGAAACCUCCCAAGUUCCCUCUCUAUCCCGUAACACCCAAAGAGACACCCCUAGGAGCUUAGUCACACAGCGGAAUAGCCCCGGAACAUCCUCUCCUUCAAGAGUUUCCCAAAGGGACAUUCAUAGAACCAUGUCCACCCAGCAAAGCAGCACUCCACUUUCCUCUGCUCUCAGAGCCACUUCAGAGAGCCUCAAGACCUCUACACCCAAAGAUGGCCCCCACAUCGCAUCAUCUCCUUGUGCCCAAGCCUCCUCUGUUAACAGAACCACCCAACGGGACAACCCCAGGACUCCCUGUGCCCAGCGGGACAACCCCAGAACCUCCUCUCCCAACAGAACCACCCAACGAGACAACCUCAGGACUCCCUGUGCCCAGAGGGACAACCCCAGAAGCUCUUCUCCCAACAGAACCACCCAGUGGGACAACCCCAGGACUCCCUGUGUCCAGAGGGACAACCCCAGAACCUCCUCUCCCAACAGAACCACCCAGUGGGACAACCCCAGGACUACCUGUGCCCAGAGGGACAACUCCAGAACCUCCUCUCCCAAUAGAACCACCCAGCGGGACAACCCCAGGACUCCCUGUGCCCAGAGGGACAACCCCAGAAGCUCUUCUCCCAACAGAACCACCCAGCGGGACAACCCCAGGACUCCCUGUGCCCAGAGGGACAACCCCAGAAGCUCUUCUCCCAACAGAAUCACCCAGCGGGACAACCCCAGGACUACCUGUGUACCACAGAACACCCCCAGGACCCCUUCUACCCAAGGAGACAAGACUACAGCCUCCUGCAGUAGAUGGGAACAUCUCCGAAGUGCCUGUACCCAAAAGGACAACCCAGGACCAUCAUCUCCCCGCCGUGCCACUCAGGGCAAUAGCUCCAGGAACCCUUCUCCCCACCGUACCAACAAAGAUAUCCCUUGGGCCUCCUUUCCCCUUCGGCCGACCCAGAGUGGUGGUCCUCGAACCUCAUCUCCACCUCGCACCAAACAAAAUCAGGUGCCUUGGGCAUCCAUUUCUCUCCGACCAACCCAAGUGGACAGGUCUCAGACUUCAGCUCCUACCAAACUAGCCGACCACAACCCUCCCCAACACUAUUCCCCAUCCUUAGCCUCCUCCUCUCAUAACCCAGGCCAUCCCAGUGCCUCUCGGACUUCAUCACCUCUGCACCCAGCACGAGGGGCUCCCCAAACCGCUUCAGAGCCCUUCCAGCCGUCGUGUGCUGUGUGCAUUGGGCACAGGGAUGCACCUCGCGCCUCUUCGCCCCCUCGCUAUUUUCAGUAUGACCCUUUCCCCUUUUUUCCAGAUCCCCGCUCCUCUGAGAGCGAAUUGCCCCACCACGAACCCCCCUACAUGCCACCUGCAGUGUGUAUUGGGCACCGUGAUGCCCCCUGGGCCACUUCACCACCUCGUCAUGCCCAGUUCGAUCCCUUCCCCUUCCUCCCAGACACGUCAGAUGCUGAGAACGAGUCCCCUCAGCAUGAUCCCCCACAAUUUCCCCCACCAGUGUGUAUUGGGUACCGUGAUGCCCCCCGGGCCUCUUCCCCACCACGCCAGUUCCCAGAGCCCUCCUUCUUCCAGGAUCUCCCCAGGGCCAGCACAGAGAGCCUAGUCCCUUCCACAGACUCUCUGCAUGAGCCUCCCCACAUCCCCACUCCUGUAUGUAUUGGACACAGAGAUGCCCCCUCCUUUUCCUCCCCACCACGCCAGGCCCCUGAGCCUUCCCUCUUUUUCCAGGAUCCUCCUGGGACCAGUAUGGAGAGCCUUGCCCCUUCUAUUGACUCUCUGCAUGGUUCCCCGCUGCUGCCCCCCCAAGUAUGCAUCGGUUAUCGGGAUGCACCCAGAGCUUCCUCUCCUCCCCGUCACCCGCCCAGUGAUUUAGGUCUCCUGGCCCCCUCACCUCCCCCAGGUAGCUCAGGUUCUCGGGGCUCAGCACCUCCGGGGGAAACCAGACACAACCUGGAAAGGGAGGAGUACACCAAGCUGGCUGACCUGCCCCCACCUAGGAGGCUGGCCCAGAGGGGGCCAGAGCCCCAGACACAGGGCAGCAACGAGGGCCGUACCCGCAGCCCUGGCCGGGCAGAGGUGGAGCGCCUCUUCGGGCAAGAGCGCAGGAAGUCGGAAGCACCAGGGGCCUUCCAGGCUCGGGAUGAGGGACGGUCACAGCGGCCCGGCCAAGGUCAGAGCCAACUUCGAAGACAGUCCAGCCCCACCCCCAGCAGGCAGGUGAUCAAGCCCUCUGCCAAGCAGGCAGAGCCAGCCCGGCGGAGCCGAACAGAGUCCCCACAUCCUAAGAGCCCUGAGAAGCGACCUGAGGUAGACCGGCGACUCCAGAGGUCCUCAGCACCUGCCAGGACAUCAGCCCAGUCCCCUGAGAGGAAGGCUCAGACAGAGAGACAUCUAGAGAGUGGUUGCACUGGCCUAAGGCAGCCUCUGGGAGGGUGGCAGAGUCAGGAGGAGCUGUCAAGACCCCAGAGUCCUAACAGACACCCAGAGAAGAUCUGGGGCAGCCAGGAGGGUCCAGGCCUGGGGGGCUGGCCAGAACUUGAGAGUCCCAGCCUGGAGGGGAUAUGGAGGGGUCCUGCCCAGGAGCACAGGGAAAGGUGGGGGCAGUCAGAGGCCUGGGAGCAACCUCCCAGUAAUGGGCGACAGAGGGGUUCCUCAAGGGGCCAAGGUAGCCUUCAGGAGUUGUCCAGGCCUCACCAGCCUACAACCCCCACAGACAGCUCCUGGGCAGGCCCAGCAGAAUGCUUGUGUGCCCGGCAGCCUGAGGCCACCACCGCCACAGGCUGGCGGGCUGAGGGAGCAUCCCCACAUCAGUAUAGCCCUGAGAAGCCACCCGACCUAGACUGGAGGGACCUGCUGGGCCUUCUCCGGGCACCUGAGGAUGGAGCCUGGACCCGGCUCCCAAGUCUGGACUGGGAAGGCCUGUUGGAGCUCUUGCAGGCUCGGCUGCCCCAAAAGGACUCAGCCAGGGCUUCAGGACCAGAGUUGGGUUCCCUGGGAACAGAGGACACCCUGAAGACAGAGCCACCGACCCAGCCUGAUGGAUGGGCCAAGGUCGCCCAAGCCAAUGGACAUAGCCCUGGGCAGCAGUUGGAGAGCCCAGCACAGCUACCCAGCUCUGCCUGUACCUCCACCCAGUGGCCAACAACCAAAGUGACAAGUGGACCAGAAACUUCAACUCUGGCUGCUCUGGAGCAAACAGAUCACCUAGAGAGCCACAGCCCACCUAAUCUUCGGUUCCAGGCAGAGGAGCCUGAGGCAUCAGAACCAAGCAGAGGUGAAGACUCACUGACUGACCAGAAGCAGGCUGACUCGGCAGCCAAGAGGCCAGCAGAGGGCAAGGCUGAGAGCCCACUCAAGGGCCGACUGGUGACUUCAUGGCGGAUGCCCGGGGACCGGCCCGCGCUGUUCAAUCCAUACCUGCUGUCUCUGGGGGUCCUCAGGUGGCAAAGGCCCGACCUGCUCAACUUCAAGAAGGGAUGGAUGUCGAUCUUGGAUGAGCCUGGAGAGUGGAAAAAGCAUUGGUUUGUGCUGACGGAUUCAAGCCUCAAAUAUUACAGGGACUCCACCGCCGAGGAGGCGGAUGAACUGGAUGGUGAGAUCGACCUGCGCUCCUGCACAGACGUCACGGAGUAUGCGGUACAGCGCAACUAUGGCUUCCAGAUCCAUACCAAAGACGCCAUUUAUACCUUGUCGGCCAUGACCUCGGGCAUCCGGAGGAACUGGAUUGAGGCUCUCAGGAAGACUGUGCGCCCAACUUCAGCCCCAGAUGUCACCAAGCUCUCAGAUUGCAAUAAGGAAAACACGCUGCGUGGCUAUGGCACCCAGAAGGGCUCCCUGAAGAUAGGCGAGCAGCGGACAGGCUCUGAAGUUUUCGGCCGCGGUGGCCCUCGCAAAGUGGAUGGACCACGACAGUCGCUGGACUACGUGGAGCUCUCUCCAUUAACGCCAAGCUCCCCACAGCGCGUGCGCACUCUGUCCCGCUCUACUCCUGAGCGCCCGACCAAACAUGAGGAUCUGGAGCGGGACCUGGCUCAACGUUCUGAGGAAAGACGCAAGUGGUUUGAGUCCACGGACAGCAGGACCCCAGAGACGCCCAGUGGUGAUGGGCCUCGGAGGGGCCUGGGAGCCCCCCUGACUGAUGACCAGCAGAGCCGCCUCAGUGAAGAGAUUGAAAAGAAGUGGCAGGAAUUGGAAAAGCUGCCCCUGCGGGAGAACAAGAGAGUGCCACUCACUGCCCUGCUCAACCAAGGACACAGCGAGCGACGGGGGUCCCCAAGUGACAGCCAUGAAGCCCUGGAAAAGGAGGUCCAGUCUCUCCGUGCCCAGCUGGAGGCAUGGCGUCUCCGAGGAGAAGCGCCUCAGAAUGCCCCCAGACCCCAGGACGACAGCCAUGUCCCUCCAGGCUACAUCUCACAGGAAGCCUGUGAGCGCAGCCUGGCAGAGAUGGAGUCCUCACACCAGCAGGUGAUGGAGCAGCUGCAGCGGCACCAUGAGAGAGAGCUGCAGCGGCUGCAGCAAGAGAAGGAGUGGCUACUAGCCGAGGAGACGGCGGCCACAGCCUCAGCCAUUGAAGCCAUGAAGAAGGCAUAUCAAGAAGAGCUGAGUCGGGAGCUGAGCAAAACACGGAGUCUCCAGCAGGGUCCAGAUGGCCUUCGGAAGCAACACCAGUUGGACAUGGAGGCACUGAAGCAGGAGCUGCAGGUGCUGUCUGAGAGGUACUCCCAGAAGUGCCUAGAGAUCGGGGCCCUGACACAGCAGGCGGAGGAGCGCGAGCACACCCUGAGGCGCUGCCAGCAAGAGGGCCAGGAGCUGCUGCGCCACAACCAGGAACUACACGCCCACCUGUCAGAGGAGAUCGACCGUCUGCGCAGCUUCAUCGCUUCACAGGGCACGGGCAACAGCUGUGGACGCAGCAAUGCCAGGAGCUCCUGUGAGCUGGAGGUGCUACUGCGAGUCAAGGAGAAUGAACUCCAGUACCUGAAAAAGGAGGUGCAGUGCCUCCGGGAUGAGCUCCAGGUGAUGCACAAGGACAAGCGCUUCACGGGGAAGUACCAGGAUGUGUACGUGGAGCUGAACCACAUCAAGACGCGCUCAGAGCGCGAGAUCGAGCAGCUGAAGGAGCACCUGCGCCUGGCCAUGGCUGCCCUGCAGGAGAAGGAGGCUGUGAGAAACAGCUUGGCUGAGUAGAGGUCCCUGUGGUUCAGCUCAGCUGAGAACCCUCCGGCCCCAGGGGACCAGCCACCCUCCUCCUCUACAGAAGUCAGAAGCCAAGCUUUCUCCCCACCCUGAGUCACAUGUGCAUCACCUGCCACACACACACAUGUACACACACAUGCACACACACAUGCACACACACAUGUACACACACGUGCACAUACACACGCAUGCACACACACACAUGCACAUACACACACAUGUACACACACACACACACACACACUGCGGAUCUGAGCUCGUCCCUCGCACUGGGUCUUACCUUGCACCUUCUUCAGGAUUUUAUAUGUGAAGAGAUUUUUAUAUAGAACUUUGCCCUUUUUUUUUUUCCUAAAACACUUUAAACUUUUUUAAAAGGCAUAUCUCUUGGUGGCGUGUGCCUCUAGCACUGGCUCCUGUCCCUUCCAGUCCCCUGCUUGGGCCUCCUUCCUACCCUGGGCAUCUUGCAAAGGCCCAAGCAGGGCCAGGGUGAGUUGCCCAGAGGGAAAAGACCGGGAGCAGCCCUCUCUUCCUGCCCUACCUCUGCUAACUACUUCUGCCCUGGCCAGGUCCACACCAUGGCCUCUGGACUGGGGAACGAGUGGACAGAGAGAGGAGCCCGUAGCUGUCUCCAUAGCUCCACUCCUCUGAGGGGCGCUGGGUGUGGCCUACUAGCGCUACCCAUGAAGACGUUUCUCUCCUGUUCCAUGAGUCACCCUAACUUAAUAAAACCUUCCAGCAACUCUGGCUUUGUGGAUGGCUGGGCAGGGUAGGAAGUAACAACCAGGUUCUGAAUGGCUUCUGCAUUCCACCUUACCUGAAGCAGGGGUCUGUGGGUUUCUGAGGAUAGAGCU